CAAAGAAGGAGUGUUUAUGAUACCCUAUCCAUAACAACAUUCAGCCGAUGUAAAGCUAGUUGUGACUACACGGGUGGUGUAUAUACAGUUUAGGCCUGGAGUAUGUAUUACGGACUUAUGCUUUAGAACAUUUUAGCCACUUUCAUUAGAAGAAGCCAGUGAAGUGAUAUUUCAAGGAUACCACAGGCAUAUUUUCGUUCUGUUCUGCCAUUGCUUUGGAAGCUAGUUAACGGUAGCAGGCUAGCUUGAAGCUAGCAUUAGCGAGACCAGAGGUUGUUUUCGGCGUUAUAACGAGAGAAGAGACGCUUGCAACGCUCGUUUAGUUUUUUUUUUCUCACCGUUUUCUUUAGGUUAUAUUGUAUUUAUUUAUUUUAUAUUUGGUGACAUAUUUAUUUUCGAUGUCAAUGUUGGUAAUGAAACGUAAUUGUGUUAACGCAGCUAGCUAGCUAACUUUGUUAACGAUGCCUAACGUUGCGUUGAUUACUAACGGUAUCUAGCUAACACAAAGGGGAGUUCUAGCUUGUUAGCUAAACCGGGAAGUUGACUAUUGCUAGCAAUGCCUUUGUUCUGGCACAAUGCUUAACACGAAGGUUCAUCUCAUACUAGGAGAUGGAGAUCCACUCAAACUAAUAUAUACACAUGUGUAUAUAUAUUAAUAGUGACUAUGAAUAGAUAGAUGGCUUACGUUAGCGUAAUAUUUAGCUAGCAUUUUGGUUAGCGAGAAUUCAAUUUAGCUCAUUUGUUGUUUUGUUAGCUAACUAGCCAGACAGUUUCAACGCACUGUUUUGUUUAACCGUUUGAUUGUAGUAAUUUGCCAAGACAGCUAUUGCUUCUUCAUUGUCAUCUAGCUAGCAUGAUAACUUGAUCUCUGGUUGGCUCUAUAAUUGAUUGUCAAUCACUGUCAGUUGUCUGGCCAGAAAGGAAUUGGCUAAAGUUAGCUAGAAUAACUUUUUAAAUCCAUAUACAUCUCUUUUGUUGUUUUUUGUUUUUAACACAGCUAAUGUGUUUUUGGGACACCAACGAGCGCAUGUUUAGUUACAUUUUUGGGAACAGUGUAACAAUCUGAAGCGAGUAACCAAGUAGCAACAAAUAUAUAAUUAGGGCUAGUUCAUUGGCGAUAAUGGCCUACACUUUGGGCUCAAAUGGGAUCUCAUCAUGGAUAUCUCUACACAUGGUUCUCCUCAUAUUCACUGGAAAUGCAGUUUUCUCCCAGCGAAAUGACAAUGUUUACGUAUCAGGGAUUUCUAAUGCCUGUGGAGAUGUGGCAGAGCAGGUCAGAGCUUCCAGUGGAGUGAUAACCAGCCCUGGCUGGCCCUUCCAGUACCCCUCCAGGAUCAACUGCAGCUGGAACAUCAGGACCAACCCUGGGGAAAUCAUCACCAUCAGCUUCCAGGACUUUGAGAUCCAGAACUCUCACCGUUGCGGGCUGGACUGGGUUUCCAUCGGCACCUACAAGAACCUGGAUGGCUACCGCGCAUGUGGCUCGUCCAUCCCAGCCCCCUACAUUUCUUCCCAGGACCACGUGUGGAUCAAGUUCCACUCGGACGACAUCAUGACCGGCAAGGGCUUCAGGCUGUCUUAUAUAACAGGAAAACCGGCGAUGAUCAGCUGUGACUCGGACCAGUUCCAUUGCUCCAACGGAAAGUGCAUCCCAGAGUCGUGGAAGUGCAACACCAUGGACGAGUGUGGCGACAACUCUGACGAGGAGCUGUGCGUCCAGUCCAACCCCUCCACAGCCUUCUCCUUCCAGCCCUGUGCCUUCAGUCAGUUUCCCUGCCUGUCCCGCUAUACCCGUGUCUACACUUGCCUGCCCGAGUCACUCAAAUGUGACGGCAGCAUCGACUGCCAGGACCUUGGUGACGAGAUUGACUGCGAAGUGCCGACCUGCGGCGACUGGCUGCGGAACUUCUAUGGCACCUUCAGCUCGCCCAACUACCCUGACUUUUACCCACCAGGCAGCAACUGCACCUGGCUCAUCGACACGGGCGACCACCGCAAGGUGAUCCUGCGUUUCAUGGACUUCAAGCUGGACGGGACGGGCUACGGGGACUACGUCAAGGUGUAUGACGGCUUGGAGGAAAACCCUCGCCUCCUACUUCGCGUCCUCACCGCCUUCGACUCACGUGCCCCCGUCGCCGUGGUCUCGUCCUCGGGCCAGCUGCGCGUACACUUCUAUGCUGACAAGAUCAACGCGGCAAGGGGCUUCAACGUUACCUACCAGGUGUACGGUUUCUGUCUGCCUUGGGAGAUCCCGUGUGGGGGCAACUGGGGCUGCUACACGGAGCAGCAGCGCUGUGACGGUUACUGGCACUGCCCCAAUGGCCGCGACGAGGUCAACUGCAGCAUCUGCCAGGAGGAUGAGUUCCCCUGCUCCAGGAACGGUGCCUGCUACCCGCACUCGGACCGCUGCAACUACCAGAACCGCUGCCCCAACGGCUCGGAUGAGAAGAACUGCUUCUUCUGCCAGCCGGGCAACUUCCAUUGCAAGAACAACCGCUGUGUGUUCGAGAGCUGGGUGUGCGAUGCGCAGGACGACUGCGGCGACGGGAGCGACGAGGAGAGUUGUCCGGUCAUCGUGCCCACACGGGUCAUCACGGCGGCAGUUAUAGGAAGUCUUAUUUGUGGCCUGCUGCUGGUUAUCGCCCUGGGCUGCACCUGCAAACUCUACUCCCUCCGGAUGUUUGAGCGCAGGUCAUUUGAGACCCAGCUGUCCAGGGUUGAGGCAGAGCUCCUGAGGGAGGCUCCCCCAUCGUAUGGCCAGCUAAUCUCCCAGGGCCUUAUACCCCCGGUGGAGGACUUCCCUGUCUGCUUUGGCAACCAGGUGUCUGUGUUGGAGAGCCUGAGGUUGGCGGUUCGCUCCCAGCUGGGUUUCACCUCCAUCUGCCUGCCCACCUCCGGUCGCCACAGCAACAUCUGGCGACGCCUCUUCAACUUCACACGCUCACGGCGCUCUGGCUCGCUGGCCCUAGUGUCUGCUGACGCUGAGGAUCAGAACACCAGCAGCGGUAACGGCGGUAGUUCGGUCUGCGACCCCGAAAGGACUGGACCCCACCGGGGUCUGCUGCCCCUCGAUUUGGACGACACGGAUACGGAGAACGAGCGCCGGGACGUCCCCGGGGCCAUGGGGGGCCUUGUAGCCCCCCUCCCCGCAAAGACCCCUCCAGCAUCCGCAGUGGAGGCCAUCAUCUCGGUGUCGACGAGCUCCACCACCCCAGCCCCUCUGCCCAGCAGCAGGAACAGCCACCGGGCCAGGCACAGGGCCAGCCCAGGAGUGGUGGAGACCCACACCAUGGACACCCCAGGGGGAGAUGCAGCAGAGCCUCAGUGUGCUUUGGUCGGGAGGAGCCAGCUGAGCAGUGCUCUGAACCGGGUCGCCCGCACCCUGCGCUGGGUACGUUUCUCCCUGGGCCGCUCCGGAGACUCCUCAGGUGGGGCGACCCACAACCACAGCCCUCUUAGGCACCUAGAGCAUGGAGCAGGGACAAGGGAGGACGAAGAUGACGUGGAGCUGCUCAUCCCCUUGUCGGAUGCUGCCUCGGACACGGACUCCACCAGCGAGACCUCCAGGCUCCUCAACCUGGAGGUAGUCCCGGAUCAGGCUGCCCGCCACUUAUCAUCCCCAACCGCCCUCGGGUCAGGCUGGGUAUCCCUGGCCCUGGCCGGGCCCUGUGAACACUGUAGCAUAGUUCACACUGCACAUAUCCCAGACGCCUGUCUGGAGGCCACAGGCAAGACGGAGACCAAUAGUGAUGACGAGUUACUGCUGCUCUGCUAAUAGUUCUGACCUAAAGGAAGUUACAGUAUGACUCAACUGACUGUCAACAUGGACCUUCCCUGUCAAAGCUUGCCAUUUCUUUUCUCUGGAAGAACAGGGGUUCCCGACGGGGAGACAAUGUAAUUUUUAUUCCCUUUUUUAAGAUGUUUAAGUCAAGUCUGUUUUUGAAAAGCCUGUAGUUCGUACUGUAUUUGUCUUCUUUCUGCAUUCAUCAGAUGGCACGAUUUCGCCCACCCUCUUCCAUUUCGACUUUUCCCUUGGGAGUUCCAACUCAGCCUGGGGACUGGGAAGGAGCACCAUCAGAGUUUAUGCCAGCGGUAACAGCGGCUCGAACUACUCAACCUUAACUUUGUCUAGGAAAAGUUGAAUGGCUUCCAUACAAUGCAGCCACAGCAGCUGCCAUUCUGUUCUUCUUCUCACUAAUUUGGCAUUAAGCAGAAUAAAUAAGAUGCCUUUUUAUGUUUAAGAAUAAUCUUACGAGAGACAACUAUAGAGUACAGAUGAGUACAGACGAAAUUAAGAUCUAGAGCCUGUGAAAAGAUGGAUGAGAUUUAAAGAUGUCUGUCAGAUUUAUUUAAUGUCAGUUCCUUCUCCUUCAGCAUAGGGAAUCUGAGGGCGAGGGCUCUGAGUAUCUGUGGCUUAUCAUGUGAUGGUAUGUUUAUUUCAGUUCAGUGGGAGGCAGUGGAGCUACUUUCCUAUUGAAAGGUACUGAUGUGUUCUCAAUGCGUCAUCAUGGCAAGAGCAUUUUAUUUAUAAAAAGGAAAAGUUAAUUGCAAAUAACCUCUUUCUAAAAACAAAACAUUGUAAAAUGCUACAGAUGUUUGUUGUAUUUAUUGUAUUGGUAACCUCAAUGUUUUGGUACUGAGAAUACUUGUGACUGUAUAUUUAUUUUAAUUCCACUAGCUGUUACUUGAGAAGAUGCAUGUAGGCCAUCAUUGUAAAUAAGAAUUUGUUCUUAACUGACUUACCUAGUUCAAUAAAGCGUCAAUAAAAAAUGUAUGUAAAAAAUUGCUAUUUUUUGUAAAAGUGAUAUGGUGUUGGGGGGAAAAGUAUAUAAACAUAACUGUUUACUGCACGAAGAAAAUAUAAAGCAUUCAUCCUGCUAACUUGCUUGUUUCUUCUUUGGGAUAUGAGGUGAAAUUUAUAAUGCUCAAAGUCAACAAAAAAUUGUGGUUAAACAAUUCAGGAUUUAUUUUUGCACCUGUAGCGCUAUGCCAGAAUAAAACUAUUAUUAUAAGGGCCAUCAACAGUACGUA